GCCGGGUACAGCUCUCACUAAACCCUAAUCUCUCACCUCACACUCUACCCUCUUCACCUUCCUUCCCCAAGCACGCAUAUACCAGCUUGAUCUCAAAUCGAACAAUGGCAGCCGGCUACGACCGCGAUGACACCACGACGACGGCCAUGGCGGCAGGUUCCAAUUACGACGACCAGAGUGCCGGUGGUUACGACCCGAAUUUCGUACCGGAUUCAGUGAAAACAUUCGUGGUUCAUCUCUACCGUCACAUAAGAGAGAAAAAUGUGUACGAGAUCCACCAGAUGUACGAAACGUCAUUUCAAACGUUAUCUGAUAGGCUCUUUAAAGAAGCCCCUUGGCCGUCUGUUGACGCCGUUGCUCACUACGUUGAUAAUGAUCACGUCUUCUGUCUCCUAUAUCGCGAGAUGUGGUUCCGGCAUCUGUACGCUCGUUUGUCGCCUACUCUUAAGCAGAGAAUUGAUAGCUGGGAUAAUUAUUGUAGCCUUUUUCAGGUUGUGUUGCAUGGAGUAGUGAAUAUGCAACUGCCGAAUCAGUGGCUAUGGGAUAUGGUGGAUGAGUUUGUUUAUCAGUUUCAGAGCUUUUGUCAGUACAGAGCUAAGAUGAAGAACAAGAAUGAGCAAGAGAUUGCCCUAUUGAAGCAAAAUGAUCAGGCUUGGAAUGUUUAUGGAGUGCUCAACUUCUUGCAAGCACUUGUUGAGAAGUCAAAUAUUAUUGAGAUUUUGGAGAGGGAGAAGGAAGGCCUUGAACAAUUUACUGCUACUGAUGGCUAUGAUUAUAAUGGUGGAAGUAAUGUAUUGAAGGUGCUAGGAUAUUUCAGUAUGGUAGGUUUGUUGCGAGUUCAUUGUCUAUUAGGCGACUAUCACACUGGCCUGAAGUGCUUGCUUCCAAUAGACAUUAGUCAACAAGGUGUCUACACCAGUGUUAUCGGAAGCCACAUAACCACCAUUUAUCAUUAUGGUUUUGCCAAUCUUAUGUUGCGUAGGUAUGUGGAUGCUAUUCGCGAGUUCAAUAAAAUUCUGUUGUACAUAUACAAGACCAAGCAAUAUCAUCAGAAAUCUCCUCAAUAUGAGCAGAUUCUAAAGAAGAAUGAGCAGAUGUAUGCUUUGCUGGCAAUUUGCCUUUCCCUUUGCCCCCAAGUGAAGCUUGUUGAGGAGACUGUAAAUUCUCAAUUGAGGGAGAAGUAUGGUGAAAAGAUGGGUCGCAUGCAAAGAUAUGAUGAUGAAGCAUUUGCCAUUUAUGAUGAGCUAUUCUCAUACGCCUGCCCCAAAUUCAUUACACCUUCAGCUCCAAGUUUUGAAGAGCCUCUUGUAAACUACAACCAGGAUGCCUACAGACUGCAGUUGAAGCUAUUUCUGUAUGAAGUAAAGCAGCAACAGCUGUUGUCAGGUGUGCGAACCUUCCUGAAUGUGUAUUCAACCAUAUCCCUUGCAAAGCUUGCCAAUUACAUGGAGGUAGAUGAACCCAAUUUGAGGAGCAUCUUGAUGACAUACAAGCACAAGACUCAUUCUGUUGAUUCUGAGGGAAAGAUUAUCUCUAAUGCUGAUGUGGAUUUCUACAUUGAUGAUGACAUGAUUCAGGUGGUUGAAUCAAAACCAGUGAAGCGGUACGGAGAUUACUUUUUGCGGCAAAUUGUCAAGCUUGAAGGUGUGAUACAUGACAUGAAUCGGGUAAAGCUGGAGUGAGCAAAUAAUUUAGUAGAAUCGGAGCCCUGUUACUUUGACAGAGAUUUUGUUUAUUUACUGGCAUUUUCUUGCAUAUUCUUUUUCUUUUUAAUUUAUUUUUCUCGAGUUAGCUUUUUGAAAUGUAAUAUCUUGCUUAGAAAGGAGAUUAAUGUAUUUGGAAUGGUAUCUAUCCAGUUGACGGACACACUGGAAGGAUAAUGUGCUUUGUAACGAUAUGGGAAAAAAAUAUAUGCAGAUGUGGAUUUGUCUGUAUACUUGUUAGAAUUAUAGUUUUAUUUGGCUUUGAAUAGCUAGUUUCUCA